GGGAAAAACUGAACUGGGCGUGGCCUGUAGCAGUGGCCGGACAAGAUGGAAACUGAGGAGAAAGAAUCCUCCCCGGCCGCUGCGGGCCCUUCAGGCCCGGCACCCGCAGAGGAGCCCGGCACGGCAGACGACGAGAUCCCCGGGCGGCUUCUCAUCUUUAACACCCUGGUGGACAAGUUCCUGGAAGGUCUGAUGAAGGCGGGAAGUUUCCAGCGCUUCGCCCGCUGCUACCAGAAGUUCUACCAGCUGAGACCGGACGUCACUCACAGUAUCUACAACCAGUUUGUGUCCCAGCUGCAGCUAUCCAUUAAGGCUGAGAUCCAGGAAAUUCAGAGUGAGGGGAACCUGGAGGAGCUCUUGGAUUCUUUGGACAAAUUGGAUAAAGAAGCUGGUAGCAGAGCCGACCCGCAGUGGCGCCCGAGCGGGAUUCCAGAGGAAGAUGUGCGGAGCCACCUGGUGCCGUACCUCCUGAAGCAGCGGGACUACCUGCGCAAGCUCUUGAAGGAGAGGCAGCAGGAGAACGCCAAGCUGGCGCAGAGAGUGCUGGACGGGAGGAAGAAGAUCAAUGAGAUGCGGAAGGAGAUAGAGAGGCGGCAGCAGGCCUGGCAGAAACUGACCAAAUCACAAAGACAGAUGAUUGCCUCCAUGCGAGAUCCAAGUGAUGGGACCUGAGCAUCAUUCUCUACCUAGCCACGUUCCAUUUCCCCAGAGGCAGAGAGGUCUAUUAUACGGGUGAAGUAUGGUAUGCCGGCGGCCGGGCUCCUGGCGACCAGCAUACCGGAGCCGGGAGCCCGACCGACUGCAUACCGACAGCGUGGCGAGCGCAAAUGAACCCCUUGCGGGCUCUCUGCGCUCGCCACGCUGCAGGCCUGGUGGCGCGUACGCUAUUCUCCCUCCAGGGGGGUCGUGGACCCCCACGAGGGAGAAUACCUGUCGGUAUGCCGGAUAUCAGGAUUCCGGCGCCGGUAUACUGUGCGCCGGGAUCCCGACAGUCGGCAACCUGAAGACCACCCCUAUUAUACGCCCGUCUACAUCUGGGGAGGUGGCUGUUACCUGAAACAGAGACUCUGGAAACUUUCAGUGUUAAAUAGAUUUCUGUUUUUUUUUCCGGAUUCCUGUAUCAUUUCCUCCCGUGUUAUACAUGGUCACAGACUGUUAUACAGAUGAAGGUGUUCGGGUUUUGUAUAAAUGACUCUCGGAGAAUGCUGACUGCUCAGCGUAAAUGUUAAAUAUAUAUUUGUUACACAUAUAAUAAAACCACAUUGGCUUUACACCGUGA